AUGGCUUCCUACGGCCACCCUGCGCCGGUCGCCGCCCCGAGACAUGGCCAGGCAGUCACAUACGGCUCCCCCAUCCCAGUGGUGCCAGGUUCCGGAGCUCCUGCCGGCACCUUUGCGCCCGGAACCAAGAUCCAGGUCGGCAGCCAUCGCGUGGUGAUCCAGAAAUACCUGUCAGAGGGAGGCUUCGCCCAUGUCUACCUCGUCAAGAUGCCCAAGCCCGUCGACGGCACGGACCUGGCCGUGCUGAAGCGUGUUGCUGUCCCGGACAAGGACGCCCUGCGAGGCAUGCGUACCGAGGUUGAGACCAUGAAGCGGCUCAAGGGGCACCGCCCCAUCGUCACCUACAUCGACUCGCAUGCCUCGGAGCUUAGGGGCGGCGGCUACGAGGUCUUCCUGCUCAUGGAGUACUGCAACGGCGGCGGCCUGAUCGAUUUCAUGAACACUCGGCUACAACAUAGGCUGACCGAGCCCGAGAUCCUCCAAAUAUUUACCGAUGUCGCAGAGGGCGUGGCGUGCAUGCACUACCUGAAGCCUGCGUUACUCCACCGCGAUUUGAAAGUCGAAAAUGUUCUCAUAAACGCGACGGCCUCGAGGAAGAAGUUCAAGCUGUGCGAUUUCGGCUCUGCUGCUCCCCCGAGGGCUGCCCCAACAACCGUCGUUGACUGUCGCCUGGUGGAGGAAGAUGUGCAGAAGCACACGACCAUGCAAUAUAGGAGCCCGGAGAUGAUUGACGUGUACCGAAAGCAACCUAUCGACGAAAAGUCAGACAUAUGGGCAUUGGGCGUUUUGCUGUAUAAGCUGUGCUACUACACCACCCCAUUUGAAGAGCAGGGCCAGCUGGCGAUUCUCAACGCAAGCUACAGGUUCCCCAGCUAUCCGGCCUUCUCAGAUGGCUUGAAAAGGCUAAUUGCAUCCAUGUUGAAAGAGAAUCCGCAAGCCAGGCCCAACAUUUAUCAAACCCUGAAGGAGGCCUGCGCCAUGCAGGGCCGCGAGGUUCCGAUUAAAGAUAUCUACACCGGCAGGUCGAGAUCGGAAGGGCGGCCUCAGGAGGCCCCUCGACAAGAACCGUCGGCGGCUGUUGUCGGAGCUGUGUUCUCGCCGCCACCACAGCAUGAGACAGUGAUACCGGAUAUCCAACCCAUGCGACGGGGCAGGCCGCCGGCUUCGGCUCCACGCCCGAACCCAUCUGCGAAACCAAAUCGGUCGCCUAUGGCGGUCACCGACGGAGAUCCUUUCGCUGCGCUUGACGCCAACGCCGGCGUGAAGAGCGGCGACGAGCUGUCAUCUCGGUUCCCGACACUCGACCAAUUCUCGAUAUUGCAUGAAAAAGGCGUCGCGUUUGACUUUGACAGUUCCAAUUCGCCAGUAGUUCCAAAGACAGACGCAGGAAGCGCGGCAGAUGAGGCUUUUGCCAUGCCCCAAAGCCAGCUUUCUCAGCCUCCAUCAAACAGUAGGACCUCGAAUGAUAUAAACCGUGGUCCUACUUUGCCCUCGACAUCGCCUGAAAGGCAGUCUGUUCUGCCAGUCAAGAGCGCGUCAGCUCCUCCCAAACCUACCGAGAUGAGCCGUGCAUCAGCUAUCAUCAAGAAUACGCCAGAGCUGCAAGCCAUCUCCUCCGGAUCAGCCCAAGGAUUUCAACCUCCCCCAGCCCGAGGGAACAUGGUAUCAACGGGGACGAUGACGACGCCGCCUCCUGAACGGCAAGCAUCUACCACUCCAUCGCAGUACCAGACUUAUCGCUUUCCUCCAAACGAGCAUCAACGAUCCUCAAGUAUCUCGAGACAGCAGCAGCAACAGCCCCAACAACCACUUCAAGACGUUCCACUACCAAUCCGUACGGAUUCUCCGUCCCUGAGGCCUGCCGCAUCCCCGCGCAUAUCGUCAUUCCAAGGCCAUUCGCGACAACCGUCCUCGUCGAGGCCUUCACUUGAAGGGGCACGGCCUAGCAUGGAAAAUUUCGAGCCCAUCACCAAAUCGAGGUCGAUAUCUGGACGUCCGCGCCCAGUGAGUACCCAUCUCGAGUCUAACUUGGAUUUCCUGCGCGAGCAGGAAAAGAAUUCGAAGCCACUGGGCUCCCCAAAGAUUUCCUCGCCAAGGCUACCUCCAGCAGACAGAGCACCGUCACCAAACCUGCUUGACGAUGACAUGAACAUCGAAUCGAACGUUGAUUUCCUCCGUUCCAUGGAGGACGCUCAGCCGAGAAAGAGUUUAGAAAACAAACGAUCGAGUCUUUCUAACCUCGGGAAGAAAUCUAUCUUUGCCGGGAAGUUUGGUGAUGCUUUCAAACGAUUUGAGGGCAGCCAGUCAGAAGCACCACCUCCAGAUCGCACCCCCUCGCCAUUCAAAGCCAUGGAGCGCAGGGACCUGACACCAAUCGCUGGGUCGGAAGCCACGGACGGUCGAAGUGAUGAUGGUCAGGCUCUAGGGGACUCAGAGGAGUUGACGCCGGCAAUGCGCCGCGAGAUAGAGCAGCGACAGCUCGAGGAAGAAGAAAGGAGGGUUGCUGCUGCGCAAGCGGAAUAUCGUGCGCGGCUGGCUCAGCGUGGGGGAGGAGGAAAACCUGCGCCGCCUCCCGUCGGUGGCUCUUCGAGGGCAGUCGCAAUACAGAACAAGGUGCAGAGCCUUCUUGACGAGAAUGCACGUUCCUCAAAUGUCAAGAAGACAGCGGAGGGUUAUGGCCAAUACACGAAACCCGCUGCGAGCUCUGCGCAACCCGAUACGAGACCAGAAAUUCCGCGGAAGCCGAUUGGCACCGGCGGAGGCUCAACAGGAGCCCCUCGUCCGAUGUCCAGCUCCAGCUCCCUCAACCGAGCUGCAGGUAUGGCGCCUGCGGCUUCAGAUUUCUCGAAACCUAUACCGCCGCCUAAAGACCACAUCAGCAGGCCGACGGCGCCACCAAAGCCGGGGCAUCUGAACAAGACCUUGACAAGCAGCAGCAGUAACCUCACGCUGAGGUCAUCCUCACCGCCGAAGCAAGGCAUGAGCACCGCGGGAAUGCGCCAAACGGGAAAAUUAGAGGCACUUAUAGCCGCCGACCUCCCCGGUCAGCCAGCCCUGGAUAUGACGGCUGAGGAGAAGGAUGACUAUGUCCGCGAUUUCUCGAAGAGAUUUCCUAGUCUGACAUCUAUCGAGAUGGUCGAACGAGACCUGUCAGCCGAGGAUAACAACAAGCCCACGGGAAGAUAG